AUGUUAUAUUUCAGAGGAAGUUCUAUCUGGGUGGCUUGGAUAAGGAGAAAAUAUUUGUCAAGGUCUCCUCUUUGGGCGUUAAACGAGAAGAAUUACAUGUACUCUUGGAUGUUUCGUAAAUUGUUGAAGCUAAGAUAUGUCGCGGCUACUUUUUUACGUAUCAAGAUAGGAAAUGGAGAUGAUACCUUCUUUUGGUGGGAUCCUUGGACCCCUUUUGGUCCCUUGAUUCACUUCUUUGGCCCUGAUGGACCUUAUAGACUCAGAAUCCCUCUGUUCCAUACGGUUAGUGAUGUGCUCUCAUCUGAUGGUUGGCUUGUACCACCGACAAGAUCAGAAAAUCAGGUUCAGUUAUAUGCUCUUAUUUCAACGAUUGUUAGAACACAAAGAAGCGACUUUCCUCAGUGGCUGAUCGGUGACGUGCCGCAAAAGUCAUUCUCAUCUAGAAAUGUGUGGAACAGUAUUAGAGAGGUUCACCAAUCUAUAGCGUGGUUCUCAUUGGUGUGGCACAAAGCAAGAAUUCCAAAGCAUGCUUUCAUUUUUGUGCUCAAUGGCAACGCACCUCUCGGAUGCGAUGUAGAACAAGUUUGCAUACUUUGUGGUGAAGAAAAUGAAACAAGGAAUUACCUAUUCUUUGAUUGCUCCAUUGAAAAUGCAGGAACCUUUGCACAAGAUACUUGA